CUGAGAAGGCUGUACUGGAUGGUGAAAGCGGACGGUAAUGCCCUUUCUCUAAAUAACAUUAACAAGAAAUAUUGAAACCAUGGAUUUACAACCUUUAGAAAGCGACAGUGAUAUAACUCAGCUGUGGCUGGAGAAGAUGCUGUCUAUCAAGAUGGAAUGCAGCAUCAAAGUGGCUUUCUGGUCCUCUACUGUGCCACAGCAACGAGAAGGUUUCCUGAGUGAAAUAUCUUUUGUCAAGGUGCAGUACACUUUGCCAGAAAGUGAUGAGGUGCAGGAGUGUAAGUUGGUCUUCAAGUUCUUGCCACAAGAUCCUAAGCUAGUCCAGUUUCUAGCCAAUGGUGGACUGGCUAAGCGGGAAGUUGAAUUCUAUCAGUUUGUCAGCAGCCCAGACUUUCAGGGGAUCUGUGCAGAGAGAAGCAUUGUCCCACCUGUGCCAGAAGUCUUCUUUGCUAGUUAUUCAGACUCUGCCAUCACCAUUGUUCUUCGUGAUCUUAGUGUGGAUCAGUAUAAGAGUGUAUUGAUCAGAGACGGCAGCACACUGGCUCAGACCAAGACAGCACUGAGGGCCAUGGCAUUAAUUCAUGGUGCUGGCAUCCUCUACCAGCAGCAGCACCAUGAAGGGGGAUGUCUGUCACCCUUGGCAAAAGAGUUUAGCACAGAUUUUUAUGAACAAUUCUUUGUGCCUAAUAUGGUCACUAUGGCAGAGAUGUACACAGGUACAUCUCUCGCUGAGGUGUUCAAGGCACUCACUCCCCUGACAAGACACAUUCGUUCUAUUUCAAAGCGACAUCCACUACUCAAGACUGUGGUGCAUGGAGAUCUGUGGGCUGGGCAGCUUCUAUACUCUGCUGAUGAAAGUUUAGUUAGCAUUAUUGACUGGCAGUUCUGUCACCUGGAUAAUCCUGUUGGUGAUAUCAUGUCCAUGUUCUUCAUGAGCACUGACCCUCAGGUGCUGGAGGAACACCUAGAGGACAUCAUGCAAGACUACUGGGCUGCCCUCUGCCGGGUGGUGGAGGCUGGUGGAGGGGAAGUGGGACUCACCUUGGAGCAACUGAUGGCUAAUGUGGAAGAAAUGUGGAUGUAUGGUUUUAUGUUCCUGGUAGUCAGCAUCCACGACUUUCUUGGAAGUGACAACAUAUCAAAGAAGAGGCUGCUUGGAGCCUUCACCUUCCUUCAGAAGAGAGGAGUGUUUGCAAAGUUUCUAGCAGAGUUUAAAAAUGAGGGAGCUGAGGAUCAAUGAAAUCCAUAAUUGUAGAUACAUUGUCAUUGACAAGAUAUCUGAUGUGGCAAAACAAUCCACAUUGUUAUGGUGGCUGUAGUCUUUGAAGGUACUCUCUCAAAUUGAGCUCUGCUCAGAUUCCAAUAAAUUUUUAUAUAUACAGCUUUUUAAUAUUUGCAGAGAACUUUAAGACGAGUGAACUAUUAGUAUAAGGACAACUACCAUAAGAGGAAUACUGUAACCACUGUGCAUUACAUCAAAAUUAUGUGACUUCUUGUGAAGAUGAUUUAUAACAUCAGAAAGUCAUUUUAAGAUCAUGAGCAGUAUUUUGUUACUUUACAUCAGUAUUAGUCAUGAUUAACAAUAAUUGUUGUUUUAGUUGAAGAUCUGAGUAGAUAUUUAUAUAUUAAAUUUUAGAUAAAUGUAUACUGUUUGUAAUAUAAAAGCUUACAAAAAAAACUCCAGUAAUACUCAAAUAGUGAUGAUGAUACAAAGGAAGCAACACAUUCCAUCAACACCAAACAUUCAUCUCACCCCUAUUCUGUUCACCUCUCUAAUGCAAGAAGUAACCAGUAUUCCCAAUGAUCCAUCCCUUUCUCUGGUAAACUCAGGAACUCCCUGCUGCUUCUGUAUUUCCAUCUUCCUAUGACUUGACCUUUUUCAAAAGAGAGAGAGACUUCAAGGCACUUAUCCUGCGGCUUUGGCUGAUGCUUAUGUCUUUGUGUAGGCCUGGCACCUCAGAGGGUCUUUUUCACUGUAAUUUUUGUUUCCAUUGCUGGCACACUUAAAAACAAAAAAAUAUUUAUUACCACUGUCAUUAUCACAGUAUGCUUCUAGUGCUCAGGAUGUUAUGGGAAAGCAAGAUCUAGACUUAGAGGUAAUAAUAGUAAGAAAAGACAUUCAUGUAAACAGGCCACUAAAUCAAUUAGGCACACAAGCUUAGAAACAAAAUAUGCCAACCUAAAUAAAUUGCAAUCUUCACUAACCUUUCCAUUGAUAAAUUAUUAAGAAGCUUAUUCUACCUCUCAUCCUCAUCUCAUUGGCUACAUUAAGUUCAACAAAGCAUCUGUCAGACCCUACAAACAAUAAACUUGGAAAGCCAUUUGUCAUCCACAAGGCCACACUUGGACCACACUAAUAUACAACCUCACUAUCAAUUUGUGUGUGUAUAAUGUAUAUAUUAUUCCCAGGGAUAUUUUUGUUACUGUAGAUUAGUAUCUACAAGAAGCAAUCAUUAAAAACAACGAUUUCUCAUAUAUACAAUUUGUAUUAAAUAUACUAAUUUCAACAAAUAUAAGUCUAUGUGGCUGUGAAAACUAUGAACAUGUACCUUUCUAUAGAUGUAACUUCAGGCUCUGAAUACAAGUGAUGAAGUGUUAUUUUUCUUCAGUCUUUUAUAUCAGUAUCAGCUGAAGGCAAGUUUGUAAAUGCAGUUUAAAAAUGUAGUCAUUGUUAAUACAUGAGUAAGAGUUGAUGAACCAUUCCACUCACUGGGAUAUGGGAAACAAUAAAUCUUUAAAGUUUUUAUGUACCUAUUUGUAUCUGUAACCUUACUGUUCCAUUUCCAUUGUCAUUUUGUAUCCAUGGUAAGUUCACACUAGAAAAUUAGACAUCAAAUGGAUAAUUUAUGAAGAUUCUUUGUUAUCAAACAUCCAAUUCCUUACAUAUAAGACCAGAUUUGUGUCAUGCUUUUCCUUGGAUACUUCAUACAACACUUGGUGAACAACAAGCUAUAGGAGUAAAAUAAAGAAUUAAAUAAAUCGGCAUGGCUCGACAGAAUGCUAACCAGACAUGGCCAACACAACACUGCAGAAAGGAAACUUCUCACCAAUCAUGUCCAAAAAAUGGGACACAUAUACAACAACAGUGGAUUGAAAAUAUAUACUAUCAACAAAAUGAUAUACAUACAUUUAUCUACACUGAAUUAUCUAUGUUGUACAUCUAUUAUAAAAAAAAUACAUAUGUACAGUUGCCCAGAGUAGAACAUAAUGACAAUCAUUUUCUAUUUUAUUUUUAGACAUGUAAUUAAUUAGUGGGACUGAUAUACAUGUACAUGCUGGUGUAUCACUUCUUAUUCUACUUUCACUGUAUGAAAUAAUCAGUUCCAACACAUGACAGGAACUCUAUGAAGCUGGAACUUAUCAAACUGAAUAUACUCUAUUGAUCACAGACAUUUUAUGGAGCUGGAAUUUUUCAAAUCCAAUUUACAACACCAGCAAUGACUUACAUCUAAUUAGGUAGGCUGUAACAAACCUAACAGAGAGAGAGAGAGAGAGAGAGAGAGAGAGAGAGAGAGAGAGAGAGAGAGAGAGAGAGAGAGAGAGAGAGAGAGAGAGAGAGAGAGAGAGAGAGAGAGAGAGAGAGAGAGA